AUGACGCGCCUUUUCUGGCAUCUUUUUGGCAUCUUUUCUGGCCCCCUUCUGGCCCUCUUCCUGGCCCCCUUCCUGGCAUACUUAGUCGUAUCUUUCCUUGUAGCUUUCCUCGUAUCCUUACUCGCAUCUUUCCUCGCAUCUAGACAAAGUACCUAUGAACGUUUGUUUGAAGAGUGGGGUCUGAAGAUGGAAAAACCGUAG